AUUGGCAGGAUCCAUGUCAUUUUAGACGAUCUCAAUUUUGGACGCGUUUCUGUAAACAACCCUGCGAAAGUCACGAAAGCUUGUCUGUCACUCGCAAGCACCAUAAGAAAAAUGUCGUCUGGAGCCGAACACUCCCCGAUAGACACUUGUCCUAUCACACUGACGCGGUUUUUGCUGGAAGAACAGAGGAAGCUACCACAAGCGACAGGAGAUUUCACUGCUCUGAUCAACUCUCUUCAAACUGCGGUGAAGGCCGUUUCAUCAGCUGUCAGAAAAGCCGGUAUUCACAAACUCUAUGGCAUCUCUGGUACAACAAACACAACGGGAGAUGAGCAGAAGAAGCUGGAUGUUCUUGCCAACGACCUCUUCAUCAACAUGUUCAAGUCGUCCUUCCUCACCUGUGUCAUGGUCUCCGAGGAAAAUGAAAAAGUCAUCAUAGUCGAUAAAGAGGAUAGGGGAAAGUAUAUGGUUGUAUUUGAUCCCCUUGAUGGCUCUUCCAACAUUGACUGUCUGGUGUCCAUUGGCACAAUAUUUGGCAUCUACAGAAGGGAGGGAGAAGGUGAGGUCUCGGAGAAAGACGUAUUGUUACCUGGCAACAAGCUGGUGGGCGCGGGUUAUGCCCUAUAUGGCAGUGCUUGCAUGAUCGUUCUUACCACAGGAAAUGGGGUGAACGGCUUCAUGCUUGAUCCGGCCAUUGGAGAGUUCUUGUUGACAGAACGCAACAUGAGGAUCAAGCCCCGGGGCAAGAUUUACUCCCUGAACGAGGGGUACGAGGCCUUGUGGGACGAGCCUACAAAGGAGUAUAUUAGAAGCAAGAAGUACCCAAAGACUGGUAAGGCGUAUGGUUCACGGUACAUUGGUUCAAUGGUUGCCGAUGUCCACCGGACUUUGCUGUAUGGAGGAAUCUUCAUGUACCCAGCUACCUCUGACAACCCAAAGGGAAAGCUUCGUCUCCUGUAUGAGGUGAAUCCAAUGUCGUGGAUCGUGGAGCAAGCUGGAGGCCUCGCCACAACAGGCACUGAGCGGGUACUAGACAUCCAGCCCACCGACAUUCAUGAGCGGGCGCCCGUCUACCUGGGCUCCAAGGAUGACGUGCAAGAUGUUAUAGAUAUGUACAAAAAGCACAAGAAAUAGAGGGCUAUUGGUCUGUAGUCCGUAUGGUCCAUUCCAUAGGGAAGUCUGUCUUCCAAAGUCAGAAAGACAGCUUUUGCACAUUAUUUAUGAAUACUAUAUGAAUGAGGCCUGGGAGCAAAGUGAUUGAAUUUGAUUGAAUGUUGGAGCUGUAUGUAUACUAGUUUAUGAUGUGGGAAUUGUCUCCAGUCAACGAUAUGUUAAUAAUGGUUGUAUUUUGUCUUUUCAUUUAAAGUGAGUGUUGCAUUAUGCUUUUUGUUUAAAAUAAUUGUUGAAUGGUGCUUACCAAUAACCGGGUAUGUCAGAUUUACUUGUCAAAGUAAUAUGUUUGUUUCAGGUCUCAUGCCAAAAAAAUAGGGUAUGUAGGUCCUCAUUAUUUUUUUGGUAUCUUGAGAUUUUUCUAUUACCAAAACUAUCAUUCAUAAAAACAUCUUUUCAAUCAGCACCAAUGGUAUUGGUAAAAGUCAAAAACACUUUGGUUGGUAGGUUGGGAAACCUGAAACUUACAUAUCUGUAUUUACACCUUAGGAUUUUCUCAGAUUGUGCCAUAAUUUCCAAUCUACAGCAGUCUUACUGUUUUAAGUUUUCUAUUGUGUUAACAAUGUACUCGAUGUAUGAUUACAUUAUAUUAAAUACAUAACAGAUGGGGUCAUAAAGUUCACAAUUAAUCCUGAAAUCAGGAUUUAGAGCUUUUCAUUCAGCCUGUUGUUGUACAGAUGUAAUGAUUCUGUUUUUGCUUAAACAUUUGCAUAAAAAAGAAUAGGAAGUACCUUGAAAAGAAUUUGGAAAUCAUUUUAAAGGGGGUCUAAGCCAUUUAACCCUGCUUUGGAUAUUAAUCCCUCAUACAGACCUCCCCCCCCCCUCGGAUGUUUUUCAAAGUUUGACAAAUAUCAGCUUUAAGAACCCCUGAUAAGAGGAAUGUUGUGCAUAACACUAUGAACAUUUAAAUUGUUCGAACUACUAGUGUGUAACAUAUUGAGGAUAAUUGGACACACGUCAUGAACAUCUCAGUUUAGUUUGUGGCGUUAUAGCCAUUAUAGUAUUCAUAAAAUCGUUAUUCCUGUGAUCAUUAUGGGUUUUGUUUUAAAGAUUAUGUUUCGAUAUUUACGUUUAUUUGUUAUGCAAUGACGCAUGUAUUCGGAUAACUAUGUAUAAAGAAAUUUACCUGGAAAUACAGUCAGCUUUUAAAGCAAAAUUUA